UUCGAUAUUAUUCGUAAUAAAACACCCAAAUUCAAAAAAACAUAUGUGUAUGCUCACAAUGGAGGUGGCUAUGAUUAUAUUUUCCUAAUAGAAUUCAUGGUUCGAAAACUAAAUUGGGUACCUACCUUGACUAUGAAUGGUUCAAAACUGAUAAUGAUGAAACAUAAACAAAUUGAAUUCAAAGAUAGCCUAAACUUUUUCCAUACCAGGCUGGCUGCUCUACCGGAUAUGUUUGGUAUUGAAGAUGCAGAGAAGGGGUAUUUCCCCCAUUAUUUCAACACUUUACCGAAUCAAAACUACUGUGGCUCUAUCCCUGAAGCAAAAUAUUACGGUAUGGAUGAAAUGGGUCUUAAAGAAAGGAAAAAAUUCGAAGAAUGGUACAAUGAUCAGAAAUCCAAGAAUGUGACAUUCAAUUUUCAAGAAGAGAUCCAAAAGUACUGCAUUGCAGAUGUAAAUGUACUACGAAAAUCUUGUAUAAAGUUUCGAAAACUAUUCUACGAUUUAAUGGGGAUAGACCCUCUAGCAGCAACAUCAACAAUAGCCAGUGCCUGCAUGACUGCUUACAGAACAAAUUUCAUACCGCCAAAUACCAUCCCUUUGAUGACUUUUCCAUCAUAUCGAAUGAGGGACAAUCAAUCAAUGUUGGCAGUUCGAUAUUUGAAGUACUUUGAAGAUAUGCAUGGUGUUCAAUUAGAAUCUGCUUACCGUGGAUGGGAAAAGCAAAUUGGCAAAUAUAAGGUUGAUGGCUAUCAUCCGUCAUUUCCUAUGGAAAAAUUAGGUCCAGUUCCUGAAGAUAUGCCAAGUGUAAGACCAUUGAUUAUCGAAAUUAACGGAUGCUAUUAUCACGGAUGCCCAAAAUGUUUUGCCAAUCGAACAACAGCUGUUAAAUCGAAAGAUAGUAAAGAAUAUGUCAACAUGGACAUGCGAUAUAAGAAUACACUGAAAAAAUUAGAACAUCUUCUUUCUCUGCCUGAAGCGCCUUAUGUUAUCACUAAAUGGGAAUGUGAGAUCUAUAAUGAAUGCAGAAGUAAUCCUACUCUGAAGCAUUAUAUGACAAAUGUCCAAAUUCCAACCCCGAUAUACUCCAACCGUGAACCAUUCUUCGGUGGCAGGACAGAAAACUUUUAUUGGUACUAUAGAGUGGACCCUGAAAAAAACGAAAAAAUUCGCUAUCUAGAUGUGAAUUCUCUCUAUCCUUACGUUAACAAGUAUGGAUGUUAUCCUAUAGGACAUCCAAAAAUUUUGCUUGGCAAUGAUAUUCCCCCAAAUUUGAAUAAUAUUACAGGAAUUGCAAAAGUUAGGCUUCUUCCACCAAAACAGCUAUAUCUACCUGUUUUACCAGUUAAAGUGAACAAUAAAUUGGUAUUUGCACUUUGUAGAACAUGUGCCUCUGAAGAAAAUAAAUUUGCAUGUAACCAUUCCGAUAAUGAAAGAGAAAUUAUGGGUACCUAUACAUGUAUUGAACUAAAUAAAGCGGUAGAAAAAGGAUACCAAAUCAAAGAGAUCUAUGAAGUUUGGGCUUAUAAAUCCACAAAAUAUAACAUUCAAACCAAUUCAGGCGGCUUAUUUGCAAACUAUAUAAAUACGUUCUUGAAGAUAAAACAAGAAGCCUCAGGGUUUCCACCUCAUGUCCAGUCAGAUGACGACAAAAGAAAAUUUAUUGAAGAAAUGAAACUUCGAGAAGGCGUAACCCUAGAUCUGGAGAAAAUUGAACCUAAUCCAGGCCUAAGAUCUCUGAGCAAACUCUGCCUAAAUAGGUAAGAUGCUGGCUACCUAUCCUUCAAUGUAACAUAUAAAUUUCUCAAAAGUACAUCAUAUCAACAUUGGCAUGGUUUUUGUUUAUUUUUCAGUCUCUGGGGAAAAUUUGGGCAGAGGAACAAUCAAAGGCAGGUGAAAGUCAUAAAGGAUGGACCCGAAUUCUUCGAAUACUUUUCAAACCCAGCAAUAGACAUAACAGAUACAACUUUUGUUACUGAUGAUUUAGUUUAUGUCCACUGGGAAUACCUUGAAGAAACAGCCAUUGAUACACCCUUUAUCAAUCCAGUACUCAGCGCUCAUGUAACUGCCGAAGCCAGGCUGGUCCUGUAUAGUUAUUUGGAAAAAUUACAAGAUAGAGUACUCUACUGUGAUACAGAUUCAAUUAUCUAUAUUGAAAGACCAGGAGAUGAGCAAAUAGAGACAGGACCUUACUUAGGUCAGAUGGGAAACGAGUUGGAAAAAGAGGGUGAAGGAGCCUAUAUAACAGAAUUCAUUUCUGGAGGUCCAAAGAAUUAUGCCUAUUGCAUAAAAACAGGGAAAGGUGAGCUCAAACAUGUGGUGAAGAUUCGGGGUUUCACCCUGAAUUAUAAUACCCUUCAGAGCCUGAAUUAUGAAGCACUGAAAAAUUUUGUCCUCUCACAAACCUCCACUAAUCGACCACAGAAAAUAAAGGUUGAAUAUAAAAACCAAAUUCAAAGGAAGAGACCUUUUCAUGUGGUAACACAAGAAAUAUCAAAAGAAUAUGGUGAAGUUGCCCCAAAAAGGAGGAGAAUUGAAUCUUUCCGUAGUUUGCCCUAUGGUUAUGUGGACUUAAAUGUAACUAACCUGAGUUCAUUCUCUUUCUUGAAAUUCUGUAGGUAUAAAUCCUAAUAAUAUUCUGUUCUUAUUCACAGGCUUAAACGAUUUACCAGAUAAUAUCUUGGAAAAAAUAUUGGAUAGUGUAUAUUGGAAGCAAUACUACACAACGCUACCCUACGUCAGUCAACGAUUGCAAAAGUCUUGCAUUGAAAGAAUUUUCAAAAUCAUGCAUCCCAAAACUAAGGCAUCAAAGGAUCACACUUUGGUUGUUGACAAUUAUAAAAAUCGGAGAAAUGGAAGAAACGGCGAGAUUAUCAUUGAUAGAUUCCGCAGAGGACUUAUUCCAUGUAAUUGUUUGAGUGCACAGGGUCGUAAAAAAGAAGUACGAUACAUCAAGAGAUAUGUCAUCGAGCUAAAGGCAGGCCGCCCUUUCUUCAACGAUGACCACGACACAGGCGAAUCAGAUCUCGAAGAAUAAUGUACUUUUUCUUGCAAUUUUUUAAAAAUUUGGAAUUAAUUUUGUAAUUUUUGUAUCUGUUUUCAAUAGAUUAACUUAUACUUACUUACAUUUCCUUACUUCUGUUUAUAAAUUCUAGGUUACAUCUUUUAUGAAAUCUAUUUGUUUAUAAGUUUUCAAGAGUUCUUGUGAUUAUUUUUACCUGUAUUAACUCCUGUGAUUGAAAUAUUUCUAUAAUAAAUAGUACCCAGUGUU